CAAAAAAAAAACGGGCCAAGAGAGCCCCAAGACGGCCUUCCGCAGUCAUUUUGGCUCAAGCUUUUGGGUCCAGUGCCCUUGCAUACCAUAUUCACUUCCUCUCGCAUUCUCGACGCAGGUUCGCCGAUCGAAGCGUCGAUGACGUUAUUACUCUUACAUUUUGUUGCGGCCACCUGCGCCUGCAACAUGAAGGAAGUGGCCAGCGUGCAUGUGAUACCCAGCGGCGGCGACGAGUUGCGGCCGUCGCUUCACUUUCGACUCGAACCUGAUUCUGACCCUUCACCUGCACGGAAACACAAACAUUCUUCACCGGUAACACCAGAAGAGUUGUUCAAUGAGUAUUUGGACACCCAUCCAGAUGACGCAGAGUAUGCCCCAUCUGGAACGACUGGGUCAAUGGUGUCGCCAUCGGGAUCGUACGGUCCGAUCCUCGUCGUCUACAUGACGUACAAUGACGCUACACCGGGACACCCUGACCCUUUGAGCCUCACAGAUGUUCAGGCUUCAACGAUUCUUUGUAUCACAGCUCGUGGCACAAGCUCUGGUUGGACGCCGAUAGUGUGGACUUCUUCCAAAUGGAAGCGCCUGGAGACCCUGCGAAUUGGGGUGGCAGCCUGUGGAACUUGUAUCAAAGCGUAAGCCAGCACGGUGCCUUUAUGACACAGUACCAGACCAAAAGUUACACGAAUGUCAUGGUGCUGUAUCCUGGGAGUACAUUUCAGGCCAGUGUUUUUUUGCCAACCUCUGGGGGCUGGAACGGGUGGUCCCAGUACCAGGGCCAGGCCAUCACCUGGCAGACCUUCUUCCACGAGGUGGGGCACAACUGGGGCCUCGUCCACUGCGGAGGGUACAACUCCGACGGGACCUUCAGCGAGUAUCUCGACGAUGCGAUCAUGGGUUAUCAAAGGGCAACUAAGUAUUCGGACCCUAAUGCUGUUACGCGCUACAGGCUCGGUUGGCUGACAGGGGCCGAGGUGGUGGAGUUUGUGCGAGGGUCUGACCACACGGUGGUCAACCUCUCUCCCCUCAACGAGGGACCAGAUGGGCCCGAAUUUUUGAUGGUAAAGAUCCCGUGCGAUGAAUGUAUUGGACAGACACAGUCUGUCACAGGCGAAGGUGCCCUCUACCUCUCAUUCCGUCUUGAUACCACGCCGAGCCUAUAUGGCAUUUCAAACAAAUUCAAUGAACAUUACAUGGGUCUGUUUGACAAGUUCUUGUGCACCUCUGCGACACCGUGCACAAAUUUCGGCACGGGUUAUCUUCAAUUGGCAGACCGCGUUCAUGUUCAUUUCCAGCCCGAUGUUAAUGCGCAGACUGAAUUGUGGACGACAUUGGCAGAUGGAAGUACCAUCGAAAUCGUUGAGCCUAGCAUAUGGAUUCAUGUCUGCAGCAUCAACGUCGCGACCUGGGCGAAGGUAAGCGUCUCAGACACGAGCGCAGCCUUGGCGAUGGCAGGAUGCACGCCAAUGACAUCAGCACCGACGCCAGCACCGACACCAGAACCAACGCACGCACCGACGCCAGGUCCGACGCCAGCACCUACACCAGCGCCUACAGCAGCACCUACACCAGUACCGACGCCACCACCGACACCGUCACCGACACCAGCACCGACACCAGCUCCGACGCCAGCGCCGACGCCAGCACCGACACCAGCCCCGACAUCAGCGCCGACACCAGCGCCGACACCAGCGCCUACGCCAGCGCCGACGCCAGCACCGACACCAGCGCCGACAUUGUCACCGACACCAGCGCCGACACCAGCACCGACCCCAGAACCGACACUAUCAUCGACAUCAUUACUAAAGGUUGCUGCCGAGUACUCCGCGGACGAGAUUCUCCCACUUGGCGUGACUGCGUCUGACCUCAUGGCUUCUACUGUCUACAAGACCGCCAAGAAGGAGGGAUUAUCCUCCGCUCUGUCCGUGCCCGCCUCCGACAUCACCAUCACAGGUUUCACCCUGGGUGUUCGCCGGUUCCACGCUGCUACUGACCAGCUGAUGGGCUUCGAAGAGGUGGAGCUCACCAAUGGCACAGUCCUUGUGUUGACUAGCUUCGUGGUGGAGGCUGCUGACAUCAGCACUGCCACCGCCCUCUCCACCACGAUUGCUGGAGCUUCUUCCGCCGUCAAGGUCUACACUGAUAAUGCCAUGGCUGUCGCAGACUGGAGCGGCGAGCCGUUGAUCGUCACGGCUCCCUCGAUAACGACCGUGGUCAUGGCCACCCCGACCGUGGUUGUAUCCACCCCAGCACCGACGCCAGAACUCCCACCAACCAGUGGCCCUGACAGUGGCCCAGUCUCUGGCGUUGGCGACCCCCACCUCACCAACAUGUAUGGCGAGCGGUUUGACGUCUACAGGACGGGGGUAAUCAUUCUGUUGCAGAUACCGCGAAGGGUAGGUCCACAGGAUACGUUGCUGCAUUUGGAGGCCGACGCCAUGCGCCUGGGCGGUGCGUGCUCUGAGGUGUAUUUCCAGAUUGUGAGAAUAUCUGGGACUUGGACGAACCAGAGUGCUGGGAUAACCUUCUUCGCGAAGUCUGGCGACAGGCCCAACAGAAUGGCGUGGACGCGAUUCGGUAGGAUCGACGUGAAAAUGGUGAACGGUAAGACUUGCGAGGGUCUCGAGUACCUCAACGUCUACGCGAGGAAGCUUGGGAAUGCCCAGCAUCCAGUCGGCGGUCUCCUCGGAGGUGACACAGACGCUACGGCCACGACCCCCGAUGAGAGGUGCUCUCACGCCUUGGCCCUUGCCGCGUAUUGAUGCGACGGCGCCGUGUGGCGUACGCUGUUGCGGAGGAUGCGGCACGCGGUUGUGCGCCGCUGAUGUCGCAGCUCGACCUCCGCCAGACGGGCGCGCUGAUGCCGCGUAGGACUCGAAUUGGCCAGACCUCGGGUUUGCCGCCGCUUUGGUGGUCCUGACGCGAGUUGUGUUGGUCCAGGUUCCGCGAUAACUAUGUUUGCAGCGGUGAGUAAUUCGCGUCAAAUUUCAGAUUGCCCCGUCAACUUGAGCCGCCCAAGCUCGAGUGUUCUUGUCUUUCUCAAUUUAUCCUUCUGCCUCCUGUCUCUGUCUUUCCUCGUCGCAAGGCGGCUUUCUCUCCAUGCUCCGUUACCCCUCCUUCGUCCAGCACGUGCUCCGCCAGCUGGCGUGACAGCGCACGCAUUCAAUAUCAAGGCUGUGUUCCCUACUUCCUCCGUCGUUCCUCGAUCUUCCUGCAAGUGCUCUGCCACCCAGCGUGACAGCACGUGCAUCAUGUAUCAAGACAGCUUGCCCUGCGUUCUCUGGCAUUCCUCGUUCCUUCUGCACGUGCUCCGCCAGCUGGCGUGGCAGCGCGUGCAUGCUGUCAGGGCAGUUGUUGUCCCUUCCACCGUCGUUCUUCGACCCUCCCGCUCGUGC